ACUAUAUGCACGCCCUCUCAAAACACAUCGGAGUCUUAUCCGUUCGGCGACAUGCGCCUAUAGUAGACUCCAUAUACACAGUCCCAUGUACCACGGUGGGGUCGAGAUAAGGCCAUCAAUAAGGAUAUAAAUGGUGGCUUUCGAAUCGAGUUCAAUGUAUGUAGUUAACUCAUCCAUACUCAGUUUUGAUUGAGAAGCAACAAAAAUGUCAACCUCAACCGUGACUGUCACCACAAGCCAGCCAACCGACCGGCCCGUUCUAGUGGCUCCUGAGAAUGAUAUCAAGAUCACCACUGCGGCCGAAGAUGAGCAGUUCCAGGCCACAGCACGUGGAGACCGUGAUGGAACUCUCAAGCUACAGGGUAUCCCAGUCUUCACUGAAAUGCACGAAAAACGCAAAUGGAUGAAGGAGCAUAUGGCGGCUGCAUUUCGGUUCUUUGGAAGGCAGGGAUAUGGAGAAGGUAUUUCCGGACAUAUCUCGAUGAGAGACCCUGUUUUGAAAGACCACUUCUGGAUGAACCCAUACGCAAAGCACUUCUCCAUCAUGAAAGCCUCAGAUCUAGUCCUUGUUGAUGGUGAAGGAUAUGUAGUCGAAGGAGGUGCGCAGGCACCGAUCAACGAGGCCGGAUUCAUGAUCCAUUCCGAGAUUCACAAAGCUCGUCCGGAUGUGGUUGCGGCUGCGCAUACCCACGGGAUCUAUGGGAAGACGUGGAGUGCAUUCGGUAGGCCGGUUGAGAUGCUUUCACAGGAUGCGUGUAACUUCUAUGGAAAGUUGAGCGUAUAUGACAGCCAUGGUGGUAUUGCAUUGGCCCAGGAGGAAGGACAACAGAUUGCGAAGGCUCUUGGGGAGAGUAAUAUCGCAUGUAUUCUGCAGAACCACGGCCUUCUGACAGUAGGCCACACUGUCGACGAAGCAGCCUUUCUAUUUGCCAGCUUAGACCACGCGUGUCACUCCCAGCUCAUGGCAGAUGCUGCAGCCGCGAAUGGUGUACCCAAGAAGAUUAUUGCACAUGAUGUUGCUCAAUUUACAGCCGAUGCUGUUCAGAAUCCGCAUAACUUUUACACCGAAUUCCAGCCCGAAUUCGAGUUGACGGUGGAGGAAAGCAAUGGAAGGGUUCUCGAGUGAUCGUUCGCACCAUGUAAUUUUUGUUUUCCCGAACUUUAGCAUUUUGUGUUAGUUUAUCUCUAGUUCUUGCUAUCAGUAUCAAUUGCAGUUAGUGAGCCCUAUAAUAGCUAGCAUGACUUCGAUAGCCAAUUAACUUGUCUCUCGGAGCACGUAUCUGUUGACUUCAGUACUCCCAU